CUUAUCGCGUCUGCACCGCAGGGCUCUCAGUCCCCUCCGCGCGCUCCCUGUUGGUCAGAGGCCACCAGUCCGGCACUCGUUCCCCACACGCCCCCAUGGCUUCUCCGGAGGACCCUCUGCGCGCAGGUCGCAUGGCGGACGAGCCCGUGGAAGACACGGACCCCAGCACCCUGCCCUUCAACGUGUCUGACAAAUAUCCUAUUCAAGACACGGGACUCCCUAAAGUUGAAGAGUGUGAUCCAAGCCCUUUGGACUGCCCAACCAAUCCGGAUGUGCAACAUCAGGGAGAAGAGAAUGGCUUUGCAGACAGCACUGGAGAUCCCCUUGCAGAUGUGAGUGAGGUCAAGUCCUGCCCGGACAACUGCACUUGCUCCUCCUGCUCGCCCCGGGCCGCCACCAUCAGCGACUUGCUCAAUGAUCAGGACUUACUCGACGUGAUCAGGAUAAAGCUGGACCCGUGCCACCCGACCGUCAAGAACUGGAGGAAUUUUGCCAGCAAAUGGGGCAUGCCCUACGACGAGCUGUGCUUCCUGGAGCAGAGGCCCCAGAGCCCCACCGUGGAGUUCCUGCUCCGGAACAGCCAGAGGCCAGUGGGCCAGCUGAUGGAGCUCUGCCGGCUCUACCGCCGGGCGGACGUGGAGAGCGUCCUGCGCAGGUGGCUGGACGAGGAGUGGCCCAAGAGGAGGUGUGGGGACCACCCCAGACACUGCUAGACCUCUGCCCCUUCUCCUCCGCCUCUUUGGAACGUUGAAACAACCCAGGUCAGGGAGCGGCGGGAAUCUGUUCUUUCUAAAAAAAUUUAGCAUAAGAACGUGGAACAGCGGUUCCCCCCACGCUGGUGGCUGCGGGGGAAGGGUGCAUUAUGUUUUGGUGGUGGAUUUUUGCUUGUUUAGUUUUGCACACAUUUUAAUUUAAUAUUUGAAUCGAAUUGGCAGAAAUGUUUUGUAGGCUCAUCUAGGGACCUAGGCCGGGGCCUACGAUCAGAACGGGUCCGUGCCGCGAUGAAAGGGAAACGAUCCUGGCCCCAAGUGCUGCUGAAGGUCGAAGUAGGAACUGGGACGGGGACGGCCCCACACAGCCCGCGCCCACCGGCUCCUGAUCUGGGCCCGUGGCCACCACUCUGAGGCAGCAGCACAGAGAGGCCGCCCGUGGGGUUUGUUUGUGACUGUUUUGUUAUAACGUUCUCGGUGAAUGAACAGAAUGCUGGUAUUAUGUGGUGAUACCUUUUAGAACACCUGUCCCCUCGUUUUAUACAAAUGCUUUUAUAGUCUGUGCUCUAUCAAAGAUGUCAUUUGCUUGAGUGUUUUUGAAAGAGAUACAAAAAAAUCAAUGGUCAUUGGGAGGGCGGAGUCGGGAAUUAGUAGGUGAAAGGGCCGUGGGACUGGGGUUGGCAAAGAGGGUGCAGCCUGCCCCUUGGUCACACACACACAGCCUUUAAAAAUUAGCUUGCAGUGGACUUUGACAUCUACUACAUGAGGCUGAUUGUCUCACCCGCCUGAGCGGGAGCUCUACUAACAAAGAAACACAAAUCACUUGGCCUGCAGGUGCGCCGCCCCUUCCAACACUUACUGACUCAGCCAAAAGCCACUGAGUCAGCAAGGGGUGGGGGGAUCUUUAAUGGUGAUGCUGGAGGGGAGGAUAUGCGUUAAAAUCCAAAUUUUAAACCAAAUGAAAUACUGGGUCCAAAGAUCUAAUGUUCUUAUAUGAUGAAUAAGGAGGAGGGGAAUCACAGCAGACAGAAGCAUUUGUUAUUGGACA